GUUUUUCAGUUACUGUUCAUGUUGAAUUGAUUUCUAAGUUAGGUAAAAAGAGGGCCAGGUACAAAUGUUGAUGUGCAUUUAUAAUUUUAGCCGUAUCGAGAAUCCACUAUAAAAAACGUUUCUUAAAAAUGAAAGGCUAUCCAAAGUUUUCAACGAAUCUUCGAAUAAACACUGAUUUAGAAAAGAUAAGGCUUCUAGAACAAAUUAAGACGAAGCAUAUUAAGGAACUAAGACGAACCUUACUAAACAACGAUGACAUGUCCUCCUCCAUUAUAGACUCGUUGGAAUCAAAAAUGCCGGAAUUGAAAUAUCCUCUUAAAGAAUUGCGAAGAGUUAUUUCAGAGUCAAUAGCAGAGGAAAAUUCUGAUAUUAUUGAUGAAGCUGUCCUCAUAUUUCUAAAUGUGUGUAAAGAUGAAAACCUAGUAAAGAGGUCUCAUUUGGUUGAAAUUUCGAAACGAUUGGGUAUAAUACUCGACAAAUCCCACUGUCAUAUAUUUCAACUAGUCAGCGAAAUAUGCACUUAUAUGGGUAAUGUCAAUUGGAUUAAUAUAGAAGAGCAAUUAAAACGUAAAAACGAAAUAGCAAAAAAACAAACAUUUUGGGGCUCUGAUGUUACAGUGGAAUUGCCAACAUUUAAAUUCAAUAAUGUGAAGAACCUUCAAGAUAUUUCUCCUGACCAGGCUAAAACGAAAAAUCUCUCUAAGUUAUUGUUCCUUUACCAAAUGCAAGAACACCUUGAAUCCAGAGAUCAAUUAUUGGGCCUGGGCAAUAUUGCUCUAGUUAAAAAAGUUUUACAUUUGCUAAAAUCCAAGCAUAACAAUGAAGAAAUUCAAAACGAUCUUUGUGAGCUGAUUGGAUUGAAUAAUAUUGAUCUUUCAUUAAAAAUUCUAGCAAACCGGAAAAAUGUAAUAAAAGAGCUUGAUAUUUGCCAUGAAAAAAUUUCAAAAAGAAAACAAAAUUGUUUUUCAAAAAAUAUGGAACCUAGACCAACUGUUGCAGCGUCAGUAAUUGUGCAAUCGCUUUUGGAGAGAGAUUUAAAAAGGCAGAAUCGAAGAGACGAAAAAAAGAUCAAUCGUAUCCUCAAAUCCGAUGAUAGAUCAACAUUAUCAUUAAGUACGACGGUAAAUCCUUUACAACUGCGGUUACAACAACAAAAAAAACUGAUUGAGAAUGCAAAGUCAAAGCCUUUACUUCUUUCUGUAAAAAAAAAACAAGAAAGUGUAAAUAUUCCUCAAUAUCCUUACGUAUUUGACAAUGAAUUCCUAUUGAAACAAAGUGCUGCCUUUAUUGGAGGUAGUAAAAUAAGGUUACCAGAGAGUGCCGAGAGAAUCGAAACAAAGCAAUAUGAAGAAAUAAAAAUUCCAGGAGUUGCGAUACAGUCACUUUCAAUUGGUAACCACAGAGUACAAAUUAAAGACUUAGAUGAUAUUGGUAAGAUUGUUUUUCGAAAUAUUACGGAGCUAAAUCGUAUUCAAUCUGUUGUAUUUAAUACGGCAUAUUACUCUAACAACAAUAUGCUCAUAUGCGCCCCCACAGGCGCUGGGAAAACAAAUAUUGCCAUGCUCACAAUUGUUGCUAUUAUACGAUCUCAUUUAGAAAAUGGAGUUAUUAAUCGUGAUGCAUUUAAAAUUGUAUACAUUGCUCCUAUGAAAGCAUUGGCGUGUGAAAUAGCGGAGAAUUUUCAGAAACUUCUUAAACCGCUUCAUAUUAAUGUUCGAGAGUUUACUGGCGAUAUGCAGUUGACGAAGACAGAAAUGCAACAAACACAUAUUCUCGUUACAACACCUGAAAAGUGGGACGUCGUUUCACGUAAAGGAGUUGGAGAAGUAGCUAUUAUAAAUCUGGUUAAGUUACUCAUAAUAGAUGAAGUACAUUUAUUACAUGGAGAGCGGGGACCCGUUGUAGAAGCACUUGUUGCGAGGACAUUACGAUUGGUGGAAUCUUCUCAAAGUAUGAUCCGAAUUAUUGGUUUGUCUGCUACUCUACCAAAUUAUAUUGAUGUUGCUCAUUUUCUACGUGUAAACCCAAUGAAAGGACUAUUUUAUUUCGAUAGUCGAUUUCGUCCAGUUUCCUUAGAUACAAAUUUUGUCGGAAUUAAAGCAGUAAAACCCAUACAACAGUUAAACGACAUGGAUGAUAUUUGUUACAAUAAGUGUUUGGAAAUGGUACAAAAAAAUCAUCAAGUGAUGGUUUUUGUGCAUGCUCGUAAUGCCACAGUUAGAACUGCCACUGUUUUGCGGGAAAAAUCACAGAAAAAGAAUCAGAGCUCCUUAUUUAUUCCUAAAGAUUCAAAAGGCUGGAGCCAAGCCAUUAGAACCAUUUCAAAAAGUAAAAAUAGGCAACUAGUUGAGUUGUUUCAAUGUGGUAUAGGUAUUCAUCAUGCUGGUAUGCUGAGGAGCGAUAGACGUUUAGUAGAGAAAUAUUUUUCCGAGGGUUAUGUUAAAGUUCUCAUCUGUACCGCUACACUCGCUUGGGGAGUCAAUUUGCCUGCACAUGCAGUCAUUAUUAAAGGAACUGAUAUUUAUGAUUCAAAGCACGGUUCUUUUAUUGACCUAGGAAUUUUGGACGUGCUGCAAAUAUUUGGAAGAGCGGGUCGACCACAAUAUGACAGUAGCGGUGUUGGAACAAUCAUUACAACAUAUGAAAAACUUCAGCAUUAUCUAUCUCUACUCACUAACCAAUUUCCUAUUGAGUCAAAUUUUAUACACUGCUUAGCUGAUAACCUUAAUGCUGAGGUAGCGUCAGGAACUGUAACAAAUAUUGAUGAGGCCGUUGAAUGGUUAAGUUAUACUUAUUUAUUUGUUCGAAUGCGAAUAAAUCCGCAUUGCUAUGGCAUUGAAUAUAGUGAAAUUCAGAAAGAUCCUCUUCUUGAAAACAAGCGACGUAUGCUAAUUUCAACAGCAGCUAUCAGUUUAGAUAAAGCAAAAAUGAUUCGUUACAAUAGUCGAACAAACGAUUUAAGUAUCACGGAAUUAGGACGAACGGCCUCGCACUUUUAUAUAAAAUAUGAUACCGUGGAAAUAUUUAAUGAUCUUUUGAAACCUUUUAUGACUGAAUCUGAUAUUUUUAAUAUGAUAUCACAAGCACAAGAAUUUCACCAGCUUAAAGUUCGAGAUGAUGAGCUUGAAGAACUAGAUGAGCUCAGGCACUAUUCUUGUAAACUUUCGAGCAAUGGAGGCUCAGAUGAUAUACCAGGAAAAGUAAAUAUUCUAUUGCAAACUUAUCUCUCUAGAGGUUAUAUAAAAUCAUUUUCUCUUGUUUCUGAUAUGUCAUAUAUUAUUCAAAAUGUUGUACGAAUAGCACGUGCUGUAUUCACCAUAGUUCUGCGUAAUAAUAAUGCAAUGUUAGCUGGCAGGAUGUUGCAAAUUAGUCAAAUGUUUGAAAAACAAAUAUGGAAUACUGAGACUCCGCUGCGUCAGUUUAGCUUGUUACCUCAUGAAAUAAUUGAAAAAGUUGAAAGUCGUGGUCUUAGCGUGUAUACCUUAAAAGAAAUGAAUUUCGCAGAAACGAAAGAAAUAUUCCGCAAUCAAAAGCAUGCGUCAAUUUUGCUACAGUGUGCUAAUGAGUUACCAAUUCUGGAAUUAGAUGUUACUUUACAACCCAUAACUCGAACAGUGUUACGCAUAACAAUUGAUAUAUGGGCUAGCUUUGUUUGGAAUGAUCGAAUACACGGCAAAACGAGUGAAAAUUUUUGGCUAUGGAUAGAAGAUCCUGAAACGAAUUUCAUAUAUCACUCAGAGUUUGUACAGAUCUUACGAAAAACAGUUAUAAACGCAGAUAAACAAAACUUGACCAUAACAGUUCCACUUCGAGAACCACUUCCAUCACAAUAUUUUAUUCGCAUAACUAGUGAAACUUGGUUGGGGAGCAAAACUGUGUAUCCGCUCAGUUUUAAAAAUUUAUUGCUUCCAGAACAUAACCCUCCUCUUACAGAACUUUUACCACUGCAACCUCUAGCAUUGACUGCUUUAAAGAAUAAACAAUAUGAAAAACUUUACUCAUUUUCACAUUUCAAUCCUAUUCAGACUCAAAUUUUCCAUAAUCUUUAUCAUACUGACAACAAUAUUCUAUUGGGAGCCCCCACUGGUUCAGGUAAAACAAUUGUGGCGGAAAUUGCAAUAUUUCGAGCUUUUGAAAAAAACAACAGAACAAAAGUUGUAUACAUGGCACCACUUAAGUCUCUGGUUAAAGAAAGAAUAAACGAUUGGAAGAUUAGAUUUGAAAGCUAUGCAAAUAAAAAUGUUGUUGAAUUAACUGGUGACACUUGCCCAGAUAUUCAAGCCAUUAAAAAUAGUCAAAUAAUUGUCACAACUCCAGAAAAAUGGGAUAGCAUAAGUAGAUCGUGGCGAACAAGGGAAUACGUUAAAGAUGUUUCUUUAAUUGUUAUCGAUGAAAUUCACUUACUAGGUGAAGACCGUGGCCCUGUUAUCGAAGUGAUUGUUACACGUACGAAUUUUAUAUCUUCAAAUACAAAAAAAUCGAUCCGCAUAAUUGGACUUUCGACUGCAUUGGCUAACGCCCAAGAUCUUGCUGGAUGGCUUGGUAUUCAAGAAACUGGUUUAUAUAACUUUAAACCUUCAGUAAGGCCAGUUCCACUAGCAGUACACAUAAAUGGCUUCUCUGGAAAGCAUUAUUGCCCUCGUAUGGCAACUAUGAACCGCCCUACGUUUCAAGCCAUACGUACGUAUUCACCUUCAAUGCCAGCCAUUGUUUUUGUUUCCUCCCGAAGGCAGACCCGAUUAACAGCUUUAGAUCUAAUUACAUAUGUAACUGGAGAAGAUAAUCCAAAGCAAUUUCUGCAUGUGCCAGAAGAAGAAAUACAAGACAUGUUAUAUUAUAUUAAGGAUUCAAAUUUAAAAUUUUGUCUAGCUUUUGGAAUAGGUCUUCACCAUGCGGGACUUUUAGAAAGUGAUAGAAAAUGUGUUGAAGAUUUAUUUCUUAAAAAAAAAAUUCAAAUACUUGUCGCAACUGCUACAUUGGCUUGGGGGGUAAAUUUACCUGCACACCUUGUAGUGAUAAAAGGAACAGAGUACUUUGAUAGCAAGACAAAAAAGUAUGUUGAUAUGCCUAUUACUGAUGUAUUACAAAUGAUGGGGCGUGCUGGGAGACCACAAUUUGAUAACGAAGGAGUGGCAGUUGUUUUUGUUCAUGACAUUAAAAAAAAUUACUAUAAAAAGUUUCUUUACGACCCAUUUCCCGUGGAAUCUAGUCUUCUGAAUGUUUUACCAGACCAUAUAAAUGCUGAAAUCGUAUCAGGAACGGUACAAACAAAAGAAUCUGCAGUUGAAUAUUUAACAUGGACAUACUUCUUCAGAAGGCUUUUGCGGAAUCCAACGUAUUAUAAUUUAAAAGCAGUUGAUUGUCAAAAUAUGAAUGCAUAUUUGUCUUCAUUAAUUGAAAAAUGUUUGUUGGAAUUGGAAACUGCCGCUUGCAUAUCGAUUUCGAAAAAUUCACUAUUGCCAACAUUUUUGGGCAGAAUAUCAUCAUUUUAUUAUCUUUCUCAUAACACAAUGAAACAUUUUUUAAACAAUGUAACUUUUGAUAUGAGCAUAAGUGAUCUGCUUUUAGCUAUAUCCAAUUCAUAUGAAUUCGAUCAACAACCGGUUCGUCACAAUGAGGAUUCUAGUAAUAAAGAACUAGCGAAGCUUUGUCGAUACAAGGCAACAUCACCAAACUUCGAAUCUCCAUAUAUCAAAACAUUUCUUUUACUUCAAGCUCAUAUUAUGCGUUUGCCCUUGCCGAAUUUAGAUUACUUAACCGACACGAAGUCUGUGCUGGACCAAGCUUUACGUGUAAUGCAGGCUAUGAUGGAUUAUACUGCUGAACGAGGAUGGCUUGCAGUAACUUUAAGAUUGCAAAUAUUAUCGCAGUGUGUAAUACAAGCUAGAUGGUUUAAUGAACCAGUUUUCUUAACGUUACCAAAUGUAACAGAUAAUAAUAUCAGUUGCUUUUAUAAAAUAGAUGUUACUCCAUAUAAUCAUGACCAAUUGAGUUUACCAGUUCUAAAGGAGAUUUCUAGGAAUAAGUUUGAAAAAUUAGCUCCUCUAAGGGAAUGUUUCGAUGAACCUGCAAUAGAAAAUAUUUACAAAACAAUUCAAAAUCUACCGGACUUAUUUGUAGAAAUUGAAAUUCAACAGCAAGGUUUUAAUAGCGAACAAUAUUCCGUUCGAAAAAUCAAUUUCGAAAAAAUCGAAUGGAUCAACAUAAAUUCAAAUCAGACUUAUGUACUGAUUGCUCGUUUAGUUCGAAAGGCAAAUGUUAAAAACUCCUAUGUCUAUUGUCCUAAAUAUUCGAAACCCAAACAUGAAGGGUGGUUCCUAACACUUGGCUCACAGACAAACAACGAACUCUUAGCAAUGAAACGCAUAUCUGUUGGAGGUAGUUUUUCAGUACAUCGUUUAUUCUUCCAAGCUCCAAUACAGAAAAGGAAGUUAAUUUCUACUUUAUAUGUUAUGUCAGAUUGUUAUAUUGGUUUGGAUCAGCAAUUCGAAAUUCAUAUGAAUAUUCAGUAAUAUUAAACAAAAAUAUUUUCUUUUUAACUUCACCGAUACAAAGCAAAUGGUAUACAUUCAUUGCAGACUUACAAUCAAGUAAAAUUUGUUUGAAAUUAAUUAAAAUAAAUAGUUAUCAUUCUGUUCUUUCCUAAAGCUAGUUUUGAAUAAAACUUAAAGAAUAUGUUAAAUGCAAUUCAAUUAAGAACUGAAUGUUUGGUGAAAUUGAGUAGUUAAAAACUCCAUAAAAAAACAUUUUUUUUUAAUUUUUAUUGAAUUGAAAAGAAAUAAAUAACGGUAGUUCUACA